UUGAAAAAAAGAGAAAUAUUAUAAAAACCUUUAUAUAAUAAAAGGUGUAAAAUAAACAUAAUUAUACAAGAAAAGAAAAUACAAUAAGGAUAUGACAAUGUUUUUUUUUUUACUGUAGGCUAUAACUGAAUUAAAAAUAGAAGAGCUGUACAGGAGACUCUGGACAAUCCCAGGACUCACUGGUGGGUGAAACAUAUACCGGUGUUGUACUGUCGUAAUAAUUAAAUAUACAUGAAUGGAUAGGCAGAUGGGUAGUAGGCCUUACUCAAUUCGAUAAGGCUUUUAGUUUGAAAAUCUUCACCGGAAGUUCUGUUUUUAUUCCUUCUAGCUUGACAGUGGUGGGUAUAGACUGACUGUGGGCAAUCUCAGACAGGUGGAGGAGACGUCCUUAAGCAGCUGAACAGCACCGUGGUUGGACUUGGUCAGGCAGGACUGGGCUGGGCUGCAGGACGAGCCGCGGCGGACGCUGUGCACGCUCGCUGCGCGGAUCCUCCUGCAGCUGCUGGAUUCACAUUAUGAUACCAGAUCCAAAACAUGCUUUGGCUGAUUUUCCCAUCCUGAGCCUUCGCACACAUGCUGGACACUUAAAUGUGGACGCGGGGAGGACGAGGGAUGUAGUUGCAAUGGAUUAACGAAGAGUACACAUGGGCUUCGAUUUUUUUCCUGAGAUUAUUGGCUUCUAAUAUUUACCACCCUGUCUUGGUCAUGGAGAACCAAGCAGCCGAGCCGCAGAACUAUGAAGAUGUGCAGAAAAGCGGCUAUCUCCGCAAGCAUAAAUCAAUGCACCGGCGAUUCUUCGUGCUGAGGGCGGCCUCGGAGCAUGGUCCUGCUCGACUUGAGUAUUAUGAGAACGAGAAGAAAUUCCGCAGUAAAUCACCUGUUCCCAAAAAAGUCCUGAACCUGGAGACUUGCUUCAACAUCAACAAGCGAGCAGAUUCCAAGAACAAGCACAUGAUAGUCCUUUAUACCCGCAGCGAGAGCUUUGCCAUCGCUGCAGACAGCGAGGAGGUCCAAAAUGAGUGGUACCAAGCAAUGCUGGACCUUCAAUGCAACUGUAGAACUCCUGAAGACUAUGGCAGUAGUGGAGAGUGUAGCUCUCCAUCUCCUGUUCCAACCUUCAAGGAAGUGUGGCAGGUCAAGGUUUGGCCAAAAGGUCUUGGACAUGCCAGAAACUUGGUGGGCAUUUACCGGCUGUGCCUAACUGACAAGACAGUCAACUUCGUCAAAAUCAACUCUGACGUGGCAUCUGUGGUGUUGCAGCUAAUGAAUGUUCGCAGGUGUGGUCAUUCAGAGAAUUUUUUUUUCAUUGAGGUGGGUCGCUCAGCGGUUACCGGCCCUGGAGAGUUCUGGAUGCAGGUUGAUGAUUCUGUGGUGGCUCAGAACAUGCACGAGACCCUGCUGGAGGCCAUGAAGGCCCUAAGUGAGGAGUUCCGUCAGCGCAGUAAAUCUCAGUCUGUAGGGACGUCGUGUGGAGGUGGUACUGCUUCAAACCCCAUUAGUGUUCCGAGCCGUAGGCAUCAUCCAAAUCUGCCACCAAGCCAGGUGGGCUUCUCCAGACGAGCCCGCACAGAGACCCCUGGAACAGGAGGCAGCAGCACGAGCACUUCACCUACGUCACGCCACGGAUUCCCAAGGGCACGGACGGCCAGCAUAGGGGCCAGGUCGGAGGAGAGCGGAGCAAGUGCCAAAGGGACAUGGGCCAGCUCCAGCCCAAGUCUUAAUGGUUCCUGCUCAACUACGCCGACACUGAGGCCCAAGCCCACCAGGGCCCCUACUCCGGCUAAGAUUACCCUCAGCCUUGCACGCUACACGCCUAACCCUGCUCCCUCUCCUGCGCCGAGUCUGUCCUCCAGCUCUGGACAUGGCUCAGAGUGUGGCCUGGUGGGGGCAGCAGUGGGAGGCAUGACAAUCUGCUCCUACCCUCGUGUUUCUCAGAGAGUUUCUGUUUCGGGUUCACCGAGCGACUACGGCUCCUCAGAUGAAUAUGGCUCCAGUCCGGGGGAACACUCUCUGCUCGUACCCAGUCUGUCUGGACAUCACGUACAUGGAGAAGGCUCCUCCAGCUAUAUAGUGAUGGGACAGCGAGAGGGUCUCCUUGGCUCCCAUCAUCGUUCAAAAGGCAGACGGAUUGUGCGGCGCUCAUCCAGUAGGGAAUCUGAAGCAGAGCGCAGACUACUAAGCAAGAGGGCUUCCCUGCCUUUGGCAGCCCAUGAACGACUGACCCCACAUAGAAAAGAUGAAGAUGAAGAUGAUGAGGACGAUGAUAAUUAUGCCAUCAUGUCGCAGAGUGCUAACAGAGAGAGAGCUGAGCACCAUGGCUCGGGGGGUUUGGCAGUUGGGGGUGGGCAGCUUGCUGCAGUAGGGAAAAGUAGGAAGAGGGUUGACAAAAGCAGGCGAGAAGUGGAAGGUGGAGCAGCCGUGGAUAGUGGCUAUAUGUCAAUGUUGCCUGGAGUCACGUCUCCCCCUGUUUCACUAUCUCUCUCGAUAGGUAUGUCUGAUGCCAGUACUAAACCUAGGGCAGAUGAUGAGUAUAUGGCCAUGACCCCCAACAACAGUGUAUCCCCCCCUCAGCACAGCCUCCAGCCCAGCACAGAGGGCUACAUGGUCAUGUCUCCCAAUUGCAGUAGCUCCACAGACCUGCACGGACUGGGCCUGUGGGAUAGCAGGGCCAGCAUGGAGAGCCGUGCUGCCAGUGACUACAUAAACGUCUCACCUGUCUGCAGCCGCUCUGCAUGCAGCACGCCGCCUUCCCAUCCCGAACAGCACCAAUUGCAACCAAAAAUGUUUAAUUCCUAUUUCUCCCUGCCAAGAGCUUAUCAGCAUACUCUCUAUACUCGCUUUGAGGAGGACUUAAACAAAGGGGAAGGAAAAAAGGACAGCAGUGGGCAUGAUGGUGCUGGAAGGGGAGGGGGAGUGGGAUACAGCAAGAGAAACAAAAUUGCAGCGGGCUCUGCAGGAGGCUGUCAACUCUCCAUGUCUUCCUCUUCCUUCUCCUCCAGCUCAGCCAGCAGUGAGAGCUUGGAAGACAAGUCCAUAUCGAGAGGAUUAAGUUUAGUAAGAACUGGAUCAGAGUACAAGUUUGCAGGAACAUCCUCAAAAGAUGAGCGUCAUCAUCAAAAACAUGGAUCAAAUAGUAAGAGCCCAAAGCAACAAAGGAGGGGUCGUCCCCUAAGUGUGUCUUCAGACAUUACUAAAGCAAACACCCUGCCCAGGGUGAAGGAGAAUCUGCUGCCGUCAGUGUCUCAAAACGUCGGUGAGUAUGUCAGCAUUGUGUACAAAGAUGACAAUAAGUAUGGUGGAGGACGACGUUCUGAACGUGGACAGCCUGUAAUCCAUGGAACCAUCCGGCGUAUGAAUCAACCACUCCUCUGCCACGAUAAUCCCGCUCAACUUCCCCGCAGCUUCUCUGCUCCGUUGUCCACCUCCGCCGAAUACAUCAGCAUGGAUUUAGGAAAGUCCCCAACGCCCCUGACUCCUGCUCGAUCCACAUUCAGCACCCCACAGGUCCCACCAGCUGUUACCCCCAAGGCCCGACAUGAACACAGCACGUCCUCUCCGCUGGCAGCAGAGGGCAAUGCUGGGUACAGAACAAAAGUAAAGAUGGCAGCCAUGCCAACAGAUGCCCCUGCUCCAUUUAUGGACAACAAAGGUUCAGAUCCCAGCAUUUCAGCAAGACCUGCCAUCCACUCUGGUCAACCCUUAUCCAUGGAUCAGCAGACAGGUUUGGGGUUUUCCCCAGUCAAGUCUUUCCAGUCUCCUGAGCGGAGCAGUAGAUCAGUCCGAGGUGAUCCCCCGGGGCGGCAGAGCCACCCCUCAGAGACAUUUAACUCACCUCCCACCCUACCACGCCACCAAUCCUCUUCUACCUCCAUCUUCCCGGAGGGCAGCCAGGCGACGAGCCAUCGGCAUGGUUUGGAUUGCUCACUGUGGGAGAACAGGCAGGCAGGUGGUUCAUCUGCCACACCUCCACCACAAGCCUCCACCUCAUCUGCUGAACAAGGCCUUAACUAUAUUGACCUUGACCUGGCUAUUAAGGAGAGCCCUCAAGCUGGAGUGGAGCGUACCUCUGCCGCCUACAACAUCGGAGGAAGCGCCAUGGGCAGCAGCGCUGGCUCUAGCCUCAACACUUAUGCCAGUAUUGAUUUCUAUAAGUCAGAAGAACUGAGAGCACACCCGAACAGUAGAAAGGAUGGUCAAGGUUGUUGAUCUUCAACACUUGAACGGUUGGCGGCCCGAUCUGUUGCCACAACAGAACUGUACAAUGGAGUCUGAAGGCUGAAACUCAUCCCCACCUUGUCGGCUGUUUCCUGUCAACUAAAUGUGUGACACACGCACACGCACACACACACCACACACUUAGGUUUUGUUUUUGCCUUGUUUUGAACAAAAAUGACAUUUGAUCAUCAUUUAACUAAAUAUAGAUAAAGGAUGACAAUUUGAUAUGUGAUUUUGUGUGACUUCUCAGGUGGCCAUUAUGGCAAAAAAAAACAAAAGUCCAUCUGUGCAUCUUAAUUUAAAACACAUUUUGAUUGGUGCUUGAGCCAAUCUAUUAAACUCUCGUAAAUCAAGGCUCAAAGUGGCAGCUGACUUGAUCUCAGCUACGUUCUGGAGUGUUUAUUUAUUGGGUCACAAACUUUAAUCCUCAAGGUUUAUGUUUUUAUACAGUAUAUCAUCCUUUUGUCCAUAUGUAAUAAGUUCAAUGAUCAUCAGGUGUCAUUUUGACUCAAAAUGGAAGGAAAUACAGCUUGGCAGAGGUUUCAUACACUCAUAUACGCUGUCACUGUAAACGUAUUUGAUUUAUUAUAUAUAGUUGCCCAAAAAAGCCUUUAUACUUCUUGAACACUUUUCGUGUGCUAAUGGCGGACUUCAAAACGUUUCUGAGGCAGAAUUAGGUACAGUUUACGGAAUUGGCAAUGAAAUGAUGUUAUGCAAAUGAAAGUUAGGUAUGAUAUUUAUGUUUUUUUGUAAGUUUUUCACACGAGAAGAAAAAUCCCACACAUUUUAGCAACAUUUAUGAAAUCCUCAGGAGUGUAAAAGUGUAUUAAAUAGGAUAUCAUAUGAUUACAAUUACAUUUUCACACUGCAGUCGACAUCACACUGUUGUACUUGUUCUCGGAGUCAACAUUUAGGUUCUAGUUGAGGCAUAAAAUGGCUUUCUUUUUAUCCUUUCAAAAUUGUCAUAAAGUAAUUCUAUGUUUUAUCUCUAAAGCUUCAGAUGUGCACUCACACAGGAUACACGUUCACACAGCCCCAGCGUUCAUUAUGCACAAGCUAAACAUGUCCUGUCACGUCCUGUGGCUGAUUCUCAAAUAGUGCCAGUAUGAAAGUCUAGUCAAUGCAUCUCAGUGGUAUUUAAGGAUAUUUGGUGGUUUCAUUUAUGUGGUAGAUGGUUUGAAGAGAAAGUUAACGGAUCAUAUUUCUGCCCAGUGGGUAUUCUGUCCUUCUUAAAACUAUUUCUCUACUUUGUUACAUUAUUAAAUGAAACAACAUUGAGUUAUUUUAUCCCAAUAUACAAGUGGUCAUAUUUACAUGUAUACUGACAAUACUAUACAAUAGUAUACUUCAAAACUUGAGUAAUUGCAUUUAACAACGAAACAACAAUUGAAUUGGACUCUCGUGUGCUGUAUCUGUGUUGCAGACAAAAUGCUGCAGGAAAGAAUCCCAACAUGACAAUAACAAAUAACAUAAUCUUCUUCUGAUAUGCAUGUAAACAGCUUAAUCAGAUUGUCUUCAAACAUGCAGUGAGGAAAAUAAUUAGAUUGUAUGUAGUGUCCUCACUGAGAUGUGCAGAGGGGAGCUGAUAAAAACCUUGUUAGCGAGAGAAGCUGACAACUACAGUUUUAAAAAGAAAACUUUUUAAAACAGUUUAGGGACUGUACACAAAUUUUUGGGGUGGGGAGGGGAUCUGAAUCUUUUUUAUUUUAUGAAAAAGCAAAAUCCCACUCUACACAUAACUCAGAAUAAUACAUUUUUGGCAAACAGCAAAACGUUGAAUAUUCUAGCCACUGAUUAUUAUUCAGCACAGAGCUGCUUAGUUAACUCUCUGGGUCUCUGGACUUCAGCACGUCUCCCCCACACACAGAUUCUACUUAACAACAUAUCAGAUGAGGCUGAUGGAUGUGUGUCAAAUCAAUUUCAUGAUGCCUGAGUCACAUGGCCGGGCGUGUUGGAGAUAGCUGUGCAAAAGUACAAUAAAAUCCGGCAUGAGAAAAAGUUAAAAGACGCUCCCUGCCCUCACAAAAAACAAAAGAAACAUAUCCCUCCCCCUUCUUUGCACCCUAUUACGCCAUAGUAAUGUUCAUACAGUUCCUAAUUAAGUCCUAAUAUUAUAGGAUACAAAUGACUAGAUGUUAAACAAUAUUAUUUUUCUCUAUUUGAUAUGAUUUAGCACUUUGAGUUGAUCAAAUGAAAUUUCAAAUGAAUGCAUUUUGAACAAUUGUGUAGCACAAAAAAAGAAGAAGAAAAAGUCGAAAUGUAAAUACUUUUUUGGGCAACUGAGCUUUAUUAUAACUGUAUAUUAUACUAUAGUAUAUACUACAGUAUACAAGUACAAUGACAGAAACUAUAGUACAUACUAUAGUCUGUUUUCCUCAUUUGCAUUACAGUUAACACUAUUCUAAUAUAAAGUGACACAUUAAAUGGUAUAUAAAAUAUACAGUAUACAUAUAAUGAUUAAUACUAUAUAGCCUAGAUAUCUAUAUACUCUUUUAUAAAGUGCCUCAUUUUUGAUUGUAGCUGUUUUUACACAGGUAAUCUUAAAAUGGGUUGUGAAAAUGGAAGAAAAAAAAGAAGUCUAACUUGUGAAUAUGUUGAACUUUUCAGAGGACAGACCGGACACUUAUGUUGCUAUCAGUCAGCCAUAAUCAAAUUGCCUUACUGUGUUUAUCAGAAACAUGAAAAUAAAUCAUUUUACAUUUUUUUUGCAGUGCCUAACACUUCAGCCACAAUGCACUCCCUUGCUCUUUUGUUUGGUUUUAUCAAGCUGAGGUAUGGCCAAAAAAAGAAAAAAAGACCAUCUCUUUCUCCCUGUAGUUUCACACUCUGGGAUGCAUUCACUUCAGGCCCUACUUUGUAUUCUUUUUUAUUUUUUAUUUUACUCCUGUCCACUACCAACCAGCCAUCAGUGUAAAAGCUGACGGCCUUUUGCAGAUGGGACAUUCUCCACCUGGAGCUGGUUAUUAGUGGACACUGUGCAGCAGAUAGCUUGCAUAGAAAAAAUGUGACAAAUACAUCUUGUAAAUUUGGAUUCAACAUUGUAUAGAUUUUAAUGUCAAAUCAUAUUUUUAAUGACGUUCUCUGUUUGUACACCAAGAAGAAAAUGAAUACAGUUGCCAGCGUCUUGUAUAUAAAAUAAGUUGUCCACUGAUGAAACAGGUUCCUACUCAGUAUUAGACAGAAUUUAGAAUAUGUGCUCUGAUUUACUUAUUUUGAACCUCAAAACAAUCCUGAAAGGAGGUGAUUGUAUCUCCUCAGAGUCUCAUCUGGGCUGAAACAGUAUUGACACGCUUGUGAGCGGCUCUCAUUAUUCGGAUGUGGAUUAUCUGGACGUGGAUUCAGUUCCCAGAAAGUGUGAAUUGUCUUCUCACUCUUUUUCUCUUGGUCGUAACUAUGAGACAGUGCCAUUCCUGUUCACUACUGCUCAUUACUUUCUCAUUAACUCCAUUCAAACAAUUCUGCUGCUGUCAAAAAAAUUGCCAAAAAGAAAUCUGACAACAAUUCAAAAGUCUACUAUAAAGAUAAUUUAUAGUAGACACACAAAAUCAGUCAUAGAGCUGAUUUAAAAACAACUCACUUUUUCACUUGGACAGCCACUGGGUGUUUUUCUUAAGGUCGCGUGACUGUAUCCAAAGCCGCUGGCGGAGAGUUUGGCCAUGUUGUGAUAUUAGUGAUACUGUACAUUGAAUGAGGACGAGUUGGUAUAUAACAAAAGUGCCAAACACAUCACUAAUAACAAUCCAGGCUCUGGCUGUGUGUAUACAGGGUACAAGCGAUGAAGGCUUUCUUGAUGCAUUUUUGACACUGGUAGCUUUUCCCACAUUUAGAUUUUUAUUUCACUAACCAAAUAAUUUAGAUCCUGUGGCAGAUAUUACAUGCUUAACUGCAUUCACACGCUGAUACACAUAACAAUACAUUUGAGUGUUUUAAUCCUGGAGGUAAAAAGGUUUUAUUCUGACCUGGCCUUCACCUCACAUCUGAGAGGACACUCAAGUGCCUGGCUGUGAUUACUGGUGUCUGGUCAUUCAUUAGUUAUGUUUGAGUUAUCUCAAUGUAUACAUAGAAAUUCAAACCAGCUCCUGGAAAACCAAGUCUUCCACACAUUUCUUUAGUAUUCAACUGGAGAUGUGCGCAACACCUGGCCCACAUUUCCUUUGCAAAGGAUGUGUUUCUGGUGCCAAAGUUUUAUGCGUAUGGGGAUCUCUGAGCUUCUGUGACACCAAACUAAUACAAAGUUUUAAUUAGUUUUUUUUACAAAUUCGUCAGGCACUUAUCAAUCACUGUUUUUAAAGUUUAAAAAAAUGUAUGUGAUUGAGCACAGCCCAUUACUGCCAACAGUUUGUGCUCAAUACUGAGAACUUUAUUGCCAAAUUCUUGUAUGACAAAUAGAUACGACUCCAUGGACUAGUUCCACUUUUAUAACUUGUGUUACUCUUUUGUUGAGGUGAUUUUUUUAUAAUCUCUUUGUUAUUCCUUCAGUGUAACUCUUCUAAUUGGGGAUUACGACGAUUUUCUGACUGUACCUCAUAAUCCAACUUCGGGCAGACGUAACAGUUGGUAGUAAAGCCCUUUGGAGAGUCUGAGAAAGGUUCAGGAUAUUACUGACGUCAAACAGGAGGAAGGCAUGAAUAAAAGCAGUGGAUGUGGGUAAAUAUCAUUUAAUGUAUUGUGUAUUCAAAACAGCGUGAGGCUCUCUGCAGUGUUUCCAUUCUCAUGACAUACGGCGGUCGUACGGAAAUGCUUCUCAUCCACGAAUCAUUCGAAUUCUGCCAAGUGUCUUUGGUUUAAUGAAAUGCAGAGACUUGUGUCGUCUCCUGAAUAUUUUGUGACAACAUGUUGAAAACGAGGCACAUCAAUUGCUCAUCAGACUCUAACUGUGGGAAAUGAUACUGUAUGUACAAUCAGGAUGGUGAUUAUGACUACAAUGGAAAGAGCAUUGUAUGUAUUUUAAAGCUAUUGAUACUACUUUGAUAAUGAUGUAAAAUGCAAAAAAGACUGAACAGGAUCUAUAGGUAUGUAAAGUAUACUGUGUAUAGAGGAGUUUGCUCCAG